GGUUGAAGUUGCACUCUACGGCCUCAUUUGCACUCCUCUCUCCCUGCUACAGCACAACUUCGGAGGCGGAGCUGUUCUCUCAUCCCGUCUUCUCUUGACCACCAUGGCGACGACCACUGCUGCUCCUCCACGUCAGCUCUCCCAGAAGGAGGCUGACAUCCAGAUGAUGUUGGCCGCCGAGGUCCAUCUCGGAACCAAGAACUGCGAUUUCCAGAUGGAGAGAUACGUCUUCAAGCGCCGCAACGACGGUAUUUACAUUAUCAACCUUGGGAAGACAUGGGAAAAACUUCAGCUGGCUGCCAGGGUUAUUGUUGCUAUUGAAAACCCCAAGGACAUCAUUGUGCAGUCUGCAAGGCCUUACGGACAGAGGGCUGUCCUGAAAUUUGCUCAGCACACUGGUGCUAAUGCAAUUGCCGGAAGGCACACUCCUGGUACAUUUACCAAUCAGCUCCAGACUUCAUUCAAUGAGCCCCGCCUUCUCAUUUUGACCGACCCAAGGACUGAUCACCAGCCAAUUAAGGAAGCUGCUCUUGGAAACAUUCCAACCAUCGCCUUUUGUGAUACUGAUUCCCCCAUGCGUUAUGUUGACAUUGGCAUUCCAGCCAAUAACAAGGGGAAGCACAGUAUUGGAUGCCUUUUCUGGUUGCUAGCAAGGAUGGUUUUGCAGAUGCGCGGUUCCCUUAGGCCAGGACAUAAGUGGGAUGUCAUGGUGGAUUUGUUCUUCUAUAGAGAGCCUGAGGAGGCCAAGCCACAGGAGGAGGAAGACACAGUCCAAGCUCCAGAGUACAUUGCAGAUUAUUCUGCUGGUCUUGGUGGUGAUCAAUGGCCUGCCCAAAUUGCUGAUGCUUCUUGGUCUACAGAUGUGGUGGCCCCAGCUGGUGCUAUUCCAGCAACUGCUGCUACCGGCUGGACUGGAGAACCAGUUGCGCAAGAGGGAUGGGAUUCUGCUCCAGCACCACCGGUUGCCGCUCCCAUCCUUGAGGGUGGUGCUCCUGUAGUCGCCAGUGGUUGGGAUUAAGGAAAUUUUGGUAGUGUCAUCAGUGUUGAAAGCUUGUAUGGAACUAGAGUAAUUUCUUCUUUUUUGGGUUCGUUAAAGUUUUUGGAUGAUGGAUCGGCUGUUUCUGAAACAAUUAAGUUCUAGAUUUCAGUGUUGUUGGAGAUUUUGAGAAAAUGCUUUCAAGUAAUUUUAAUGUUUUAUUGUACUCA